AUGCCAUCCAAACAUCACCUCAGGAAGCCCAUCCACGCGCAGUACAUCAGGCGGCACUCCUCUCAGCCCGAGACCCAGCCUGUGGCCGCUGCCCUUCAAAGACCCAGCCUGUGUCCGCUGUCCUGCAGUUCCUUCAAUGACCCAGCCUGUGGCCGCUGUCCUGCAGAGACCCAGCCUGUGACCGCUGUCCUGCAGAGACCCAGCCUGUGGCCGCUGCCCUGCAGAGACCCAGCCUGUGACCGCUGUCCUGCUGAGAUCCAGCCUGUGACCGCUGUUCUGCAGAGACCCAGCCUGUGGCCGCUGCCCUUCAAAGACCCAGCCUGUGUCCGCUGUCCUGCAGAGACCCAGCCUGUGACCGCUGUCCUGCAGAGACCCAGCCUGUGGCCGCUGUCCUGCAGAGACCCAGCCUGUGACCGCUGUUCUGCAGAGACCCAGCCUGUGGCCGCUGCCCUUCAAAGACCCAGCCUGUGUCCGCUGUCCUGCAGAGGCCCAGCCUGUGACCGCUGUCCUGCUGAGAUCCAGCCUGUGACCGCUGUCCUGCAGAGACCCAGCCUGUGA